UGUGUGCGUGCGCGCUCCCGCUGGGUGAAGAUGGCGGAGCGGGACAGCAGGAGCUGAUAAAGGAGCGCAGCGAGCGGAGCGAGAGCGGAAAACAAACACGGACAACGGGAGGACGCUCACAGCACGGCAGCAUGUCCCGGUCCUCCGACAGCGAGGAUGGCUGCUUCGUUGACAUGGACACCGAGGACAGCGGGGUUACACUAGCCAGUCACGCCGAGGACCCGGCCGUGGAGAUGAAGGCGGGCGACGUCGCCGGAGAAAUGAACGCGGACGGCUCCCAUCAGCCCGGGAGAAACGGCCAGAGAGUGAUGGGGGAGCUGCCGGAGGAGGUUCUGGAGUACAUUCUGUCUUUCCUUUCGCCGUAUCAGGAGCAUAAGACUGCAGCCUUGGUGUGCAAACAGUGGUAUCGCCUCAUCAAAGGUGUAGCAUAUCAGUGUUACCAUGGGUUCCUGAAGGCUGUGCAGGAAGGAAAUAUCCAGUGGGAGAGUCGCACCUAUCCGUAUCCGGGGACGCCCAUCACCCAGCGCUUCUCACACAGUGCUUGUUAUUACGACUCUAACCAGUCCAUGUAUGUAUUUGGAGGCUGCACUCAGAGCAGCUGUAACGCAGCCUUUAACGACCUGUGGAGGCUCGACCUGAACAGCAAGGAGUGGAUACGCCCGCUGGCUUCAGGUUCCUACCCCUCCCCUAAAGCUGGAGCGACGCUGGUGAUGUUUAAGGACCUGCUGGUUCUGUUUGGGGGCUGGACCCGGCCCAGCCCGUACCCUCUACACCAACCGGAGCGAUUCUUUGACGAAAUCCACACAUACUCACCCUCCAAAAACUGGUGGAACUGCAUUGUCACGACUAACGGUCCUCCCCCCAUGGCUGGUCACUCAUCCUCUGUCAUUAAUAAUAACAUGAUCGUGUUCGGAGGGUCUCUCGGAGCUCGCCAGAUGAGUAAUGAAGUAUGGGUGUUAGAUCUGGAGCAGUGGUCCUGGUCCAAGCCCACCAUUAAAGGCCCCUCCCCCCACCCUCGUGGAGGCCAGUCUCAGAUCGUCAUAGACGAUGAGACGCUGCUCAUUCUGGGAGGCUGCGGGGGUCCUAAUGCGCUGCUGAAGGAUGCCUGGUUGCUGCACAUGGGCGCCCCCACGUGGUCAUGGCAGCAACUGCGAGUGGAAAAUGAAGAGCAUGGAGCUCCUGAGCUCUGGUGCCACCCGGCCUGCAGGGUGGGUCAGUGUGUGGUGGUCUUCUCUCAGGCCCCCUCAGGUCGAGCCCCUCUAAGCCCGAGCCUUAACUCCCGCCCCUCCCCCAUCAGCGCCACCCCCGCCCCCCUGGGCCCGGACCCGCCUUCACUGCGCUCGCAGUCUCCGGUCCGCAGUGGUAGCAGCGGAGCGGCUGCCCUUGUGCUGGGCUCUGCCGAGGAGGCGCCCUGCGUCAAUGGCCGCUGGGGGACGCUCCGCCCACGCCCGAGGGGCGGAGCCAGAGAUGGAAGCCCCUCGUCUUCCUCUUCGUCCCAGCAGCCGUCUCCGUUGCAGGCUCCAGACAGCCCUCCUCUCCCUCCUCUGCUGAACGGCUCCUCCCCGUCGCCUCGCACAAGCCCCUCCCAGGCCGCGUCCCCGCCCUCCAGGCCUCAUGGUCACGCCCACUUACCCACAGACUACGGCUGGGAGUCUCCGCCCCCUGCGGUUCCUCACGAUCAUCCGAGCACAAACGGGCUGCACACGCCGCCCCGAACUCCGCCGGGCGCCGUUUCGCCUGCCGCUCUCCGCAGAGGCCUCGAAGCUGUCAAAGCCCUUUCAUCUUCGUCUUCAUCCUCCCUUCCAUCCUCCUCUUCCUCUUCUCUGGCCCAGCCUGGAGGAAGCUCCACCUUAAAAGCCCUCUCUUCGUCCUCGCCAUCCUCUUCCUCCGUGCCCCAGCCAGGAGCGAGCUCCGCCCCCAGCAGCACUCCUCCUGCCCCUUCCUCCUCAUCCAGCCCUCCUUCGCAGUCCGGCGCCGCCGCCGACGGACACUCCAUCCCGCCGAUUGCACGCCGACUCGGCCACCACCCGCCUCAGAGCCUCAACGUGGGCAAGCCGCUCUACCAGUCGCUCAACUGCAAGCCCAUGCAGAUGUACGUGCUGGACAUUUCGCGAGCCAAAACGGACGCCGUGGUCUCCUGGAGGGUUUACGGAAGCGGCGGAGCACCCAGCGCGGUCACCGGACCCCCUGAAACGAGCCUGCACACGGUGGUCCAGGGCCGCGGCGAGCUGAUCAUUUUCGGAGGUUUGAUGGACAAAAAGCAGAACGUGAAGUACUACCCCAAAACCAACGCCUUGUACUUUGUGCGUGCUAAAAGGUAAUGAGGCAAAGUGGACGUUGCAAGCAGUAGCCUAUGAAAUUGGCCGUUUUUGGACGGACCGUACAGACAAAGGGACUGACCUGCCUUCAGCUGGGGAGCGAAAAGAAGCGAGGAGGGAGAAAGGAAAGGAAAAAAGUGACGUCUGCCGUUCUUCUGUUUCCCAACACUAAACUCCUCUGCUCUCCCAGUUUGCGUAAAUAUGGUAACAAACACAUUUCAACAAAUAUAAAGGACACUCUUUGAUGACCUGGUUGUUGUUGUAUGACUAAAUGGUUCACCUGACCUCGACUCCCUGCGUGUGAGUGUGUGAGUGUGUGUGUGUGUGUGGGAGAGGAGAGAAAAUGAAGGGAACGUUUCUCCGUUUCUUGCGCGUCGUCCCCUGAAGCGUCCGGAAAACGGGAGGCACAGAACGACUACCUUGCUUUUAUAUCUCACUUCCUGCCUGCAUUGUUUACAUUAAAAAAUAAGUGUGUGUGAGAUGAUGAUGUGCAGCUGCUUUGUGUUCGAAUGAAGUGAAUGGCGUGUGUGUGGUGUGUGUUUGUGGUGGUUGAUGUUUGGGAAGGGGUUUGAAGGGUAUGGUCUAUUGCAGUGUACUCUAAACAAAGUGAAACAAUAAAGGCCUCCAUGUCUUAACGCUCUUCA